AUGGCCGCGCCAGCACCGCCAGAUCCGACAAUUGACCUCCAUUGGGGAGAGUUUCGUGGAGCGAUCCACGACAUCUUCGCCGCCAAUGCCAAGAAGUACCCCGACCGAGAGUGCGUCGUCGAGACCAAGAGCUCCCAGAGCAACGAGCGGUCCUUUACCUACCGCCAGAUCAACGCGGCCGCCAACCGGCUCGCCCACCACCUGCUGGCCCACGGCUGCCAGAUUGGCGAUGUGGCCAUGAUCUACGCCUACCGCGGCGUCGACCUCGUGGUGGCCUACAUGGGCGCCCUCAAGGCGGGCGCCACCGUCAGCGUCAUCGACCCCCAGUACCCCGCGGAGCGCCAGAAGGUGCUGCUCGACAUUGCACGUCCCCGGUUUCUGGUCUGCAUCGACAAGGCCAACCGCGAGUCGGGGCCGCUGUCGGCGCCGGUCCUCGAGUUUGUCGCGACGACGCUCGACCUCAAGUCGUCCAUCCCGGCGCUGCAGCUGUGCGACGACGGCGAGCUGCGCGGCGGCGUGCGCGCCGACGCGGCCGACACCACCGACGGCGGCAGGGACACACUGGAUCCGGCGACCUACAGCAGCGAAGACCCGUCGGGCGUCGAUGUCGGCCCCGAGGCGGCGCCCACGCUGUCGUACACGAGCGGCUCCGAGGGCCGGCCCAAGGGCGUGCUGGGCCGGCACUUCUCGCUGACGCACUACUUCCCGUGGAUGGCCGAGCGGUUCGGGCUGUCGGACCAGGACCGCUUCACGAUGCUGUCGGGCAUCGCGCACGACCCGAUCCAGCGCGACAUCUUCACGCCGCUGUUCCUGGGCGCCAAGAUCAUCAUCCCGCCCGUCGAGGUCAUUGCCUACGAGCUGCUGGCCGAGUGGAUGAAGGAGAGCCGCGUGACGGUGACGCACCUGACGCCGGCCAUGGGCCAGAUUCUCGUCGGCGGCGCCACCGCGCGCAUCGGCGCGCUGCGCAACGCCUUCUUCGUCGGCGACCAGCUGACCAAGAAGGACACCACCAAGCUGCGCAACCUGGCCAGCGGCGCCAACGUCAUCAACCUCUACGGCUCCACCGAGAGCCAGCGCGCCGUGUCGUACCUGCGCAUCCCCAGCAAGAACGAGGACCCGGACGUGCUCGACCGCUUCCCGGACAUCAUCCCCGUGGGCCAGGGCAUGCAGAACGUGCAGCUGCUCGUCGUCGACCGCGACGACCCCACGCGCCUCUGCGACGUGGGCGAGCAGGGCGAGCUGUUCCUGCGGGCCGGCGGCCUCGCCCGCGGCUACCUGGGCAGCGACGCGACGACGCAGGCGCUCAACCGCGCCAAGUUUGUGGCCAACUGGUUCGUCGACCGCCCGGACCCGCGCGACCGCCUCUACAAGACGGGCGACCUGGGCCGCCGCCGGCCCGACGGCAGCGUCGAGUGCACCGGCCGCAUCGACUCGCAGGUCAAGAUCCGCGGCUUCCGCAUCGAGCUCGGCGAAAUCGACGCCCACCUGUCGCAGCACCCCUUCCUGCGCGAGAACGUCACCCUCGUGCGCCGCGACAAGAACGAGGAGCACACGCUCGUCACCUACUUUGUGCCCGAGACCAAGCGCUGGUUCCAGCACCUCGAGGAGCUCGAGGCCCAGGGCGGCGGCGCAGGCCCCACGCGCUCGCGCACGUCGCGCGCUGCGCUCGACGUGCCGUCGCCCGACGAGUCCAUUGGCCAGAUGCUGCUGCGCUUCCGCUCGCUGUCUGAGGACACCAAGAAGUUCCUGGCCGGCCGCCUGCCGUCGUACGCCGUGCCCAGCCUCUUUAUUCCGCUCGCCCGGAUGCCGUUGAACCCCAACGGCAAGAUCGACAAGGCCGCGCUGCCGUUCCCCGACGAGGCCGACCUCGCCUUCCUGGCCAAGCGCCGCGCGUCCUCCGUCGCCCCCAAGCUCACCGACACCCAGCAGCGCCUCGCCGCCAUCUGGGCCGCCGUCAUCCCCAACUGCUUUGCCCGCUCGCUGCGGCCCGAGUCCAACUUCUUCGACGUGGGCGGCCACUCCAUCCUCGCCCAGCAAAUGUUCUUCCGCCUUACCAAGGAGUGGAAGGACAUUGACGUGCCCCUGCGCGCCAUCUUCCAGCACCCGACCCUCGAGGCCCUGGCCGCCGAGAUCGACCGCGCCCAGGACCCCAUCGGCCUGCGCCUCGACGCCGUGCCCCUCGAGACCGACGCCCACGCCGAGGACGAGGCCUACGCCGUCGACGCCCGCGAGCUCGCCGGCCAGCUGCCCGCCCGCAUCCCCGCCGCGCCCGCCACCUGGGACGCCGCCACCGCGUCAGGGCGCGCCCCGACCGUGUUCCUGACCGGUGCCACCGGGUUCCUGGGCGCGUACAUUGUGCACGAGCUGAUCGAGGGGCCGACGCAGUCCAACGUCAUUGCGCUCGUCCGUGCCAAGGACGCCGCCGCGGGCCUCGCCCGUCUCGAGUCGGUCAUGACGGCGUACGGCCUCUGGUCGCCGGCCUGGCGGACCGCGUCGCCCACACCCCGCGUGCAGGUGGUGGCCGGCGACUUUGCGCAGCCGCAGUUUGGCCUCGCCGACGGCGUGUGGGCCCAGCUCAGCAGCACCGUCGACGCCGUCAUCCACAACGGCGCCCAGGUCAACUGGAUGCUGCCCUACUCGGUCCUGCGCGCGGCCAACGUCCUGAGCACCAUGACGUGCAUCCAGCUCUGCGCCGCGGGGGGCGGCGGCGGCGGCGGCGGCAAGCCCAAGCGCCUCGCCUUUGUCAGCUCCACGUCGGCGCUCGACAACGACCACUUUGUCCAGCAGGCCGCCGGCCCCCACGGCACCCCGCUGCUCGAGACGGACGACCUGGCCGGCAGCCGCAAGGGCCUGGCCACGGGCUACGGCCAGUCCAAGUGGGCCAGCGAGUACCUGCUGCGCGAGGCCGGCCGCCGCGGUCUGGUCGGCGCCAUCGUCCGCUCGGGCUACAUCACCGGCGACCCCGUCACCGGCACCUCCGUCACGGACGACUUCUUGGUCCGCCUCUGGAAGGGCUGUCUGCAGGUCGGCGCGCGCCCCGACAUCGCCAACACCCUCAAUGCCGUCCCCGUCACCCAGGUCAACCGCAUCGUCGUUGCGGCCGCGUUCUACCUGCCAGCCGCGGCCGACGGCGUCUCCCUGGCCGUCGCCCACGUCACCGGCCACCCGCGCCCCACGCUCAACGAGUGGAUGGGCGCCCUCGAGGCCUACGGCUACACGGCGCCGCUCGUGCCCUACGCCGACUGGGCCGACCGCGUCAAGGCCUACGUCGACGACGAGGCCAACGCCGCCAACGCCAAUGCCGCCGCCGGCCGCGAGUUCGCCCUGCUGCCGCUCUUCCACAUGGUCGUCGGCGACCUGCCCGGCAACUCGCUGGCCCCCGAGCUCGACGACCGCCACGCCCAGCGCGCCCUCCAGCUCUACGACGCCGCCUCCACGCCCGCCGACAACGCCGUGCCCAUCGCCACCAUGGGCGUCUACCUGGCCUACCUGGUGGCCGCCGGGUUCCUGCCCGCGGCACCGGCCGGCUCAUUGGCAACGCCCCUGCCGCAGCUCAGCGAGGCGGCUCUGGCGAACAUUGCCGCCGGCCGGCUGGGCGGCCGGUCGGCUGCCAAGUAG